AGUUCCCCCCGCCGAGGUUGCUCGGCGCCCUUUCAGCCUCCGCUUGCGCUUCUCAUGCAACUCUGUUACUUUGGCGCUUCCCGUAGUUGUGUCCCCAUAGUUAACUAGCCGGCUGUCUAGCCAGAGUAGCAUGCUGUCUUUACAUCUGACAUCGGGUGUGUUAGGGAAACGAGAUCGGAAGAGAGCUGGGGAAUUUGCAAUUGAGAAAGGCAAAUUCCAGUUAACUCUUGCCAACUAGCUCAACUCAACUAACUACUCCGUAAACUGGUUGACUACUCGAUUAGUCUGUUAGUUGGGUAACUUUUGAGGUAUCGAUAUGUAUGCUGAAAUCGCAUUACAAGAAGCUCAAGAUACUUACGAUUCUCUUACCAGAUCCGACCAGUCGAACAGGCAGUUGGAUUGACUAUAGGGUCAAGUCGUGUGCUCGAUCCAAGGAAUAUCCAUCGCUGGCUUGACCCUGCGCCAACCGCGCGACAAUAUGAUAUGUUCUGUUUAUUCUCCCCCCUUUUUUUCUUCACAAUGAACACCCAGGGUCUUGAUGUCCAAGCCAUUGGACCAACGGUUCAUUCUCAUGUGUGCACUGGAGCUGUGGGUUCGUGUUUGUCUGGCUUGCUUCGUAUGAUGCGUGUGUAUCAUUUGUUGGCUCCCUUCUCUUUCAUCACAUAUAGACAUGGUGAGCGUCCACCACAUUCAUGGUCUUGACGGAUGUUCUGUUAGCUCAGUUCGCCUUGGAUCUGGGCUAACUGGGCGAAUUGCAAGCCGAGGAUCAUGAAGAUGGCCACUCCAACGAGGUUAGUUGGCUUUUGUUUUCUUUUUAAGUUACUUCCGUACAUCUGGGCUUUAAUCUUAUUCGGAUCUGAGGAUAAUGUGACCCGCGCCAGAGGUCUGGGUGCUGGAAUUUCUAUACCUUGUCAGUCUCACCCGGAAAGGGAAGCAGAGGGCGCAGGAAGAAGAAAUCAUACCCGUGCACUGCGCAGCCUCUGACUUGCGAUUUGCUCAGAAUUCGUUGUUUCGACCAGACGAAAAAGAAAGGGACACAGGGAACAGAGAUGGAAUGGGGGGCCCCCGGGGCAUAGGGGGGAGGAGGAAGGAAGAUAACGUUUAUUCAUGACGACUCCCUUUCCUUUUUCUUUAUGAUAUGUGUUCGGAAUUGUCGAUGUUAAUGUUCUAUUCUUGGUGCUGGUGUUGCUAUGCAAGUUCCCUGGUUUCAUUCUAUUUUGCCCUUCGGUUGACAUCUCAUCAGCCGGGGCCACAGCUCGGUCUGUUUUGAAGGUCAGCCUUGGAGAAUCGUAACUGGUCUCCGCAUCCAGUCCCACAGAGAUGGCCAAACGGCCCUCGCUCAGCGCGCUUGAGCCAUAUGGAUAAGCUCCUCCUGGCCAUGGAGAGUAAAAGAAAGACUGGCGGGUUACAAUCUCUAUUUCCCAUGUCUCUUACCCUUCAUCAAUAGGAGCUGCGGUUCCUUUGACUGGAGUUCUCUUCCCGGUAUCAGCCAUCAUGCCAUCUACCACCCCUGAUAUAGAACAUCGAUGCACGAUCUGGUGGCCUGAACCAAGUUCGCCACGUUACACCAGAGGGCUGACGAUGGCGGUUUGGUUUCAAGGCACCGAACCCGCAUCAUCAAUUUUCCUCCCCUAGAUCUCCGAAGGGUGGUAACUUUUGUCAGGCCACCUGCUCCUGCUUGGUACCUUGUUCCUUUCCUGUACCUUGCCUUCUUCGCUGUGCACAUGAUACACCACACGUUGCAUACAGCCAGCUGUUCCUCCCAGUACCUGGAACCUGACAGAUACCUAUUUCUGCUUACUUUCAGGGCCAGAGCAAGCCUGGGCUGGAAUAGAACUGGGGACAAAACCUCCCUAGAUGAAAGAGGGAGAUUGUGGGGAGAUUGCUUUGCAUUAAAGACGCUACUCAACCCAAUUGUCCUUUUAAAGGGCGAUCUCUUUAUGCUUGUUUCACAGACGGCGGAGUCCAAAUGAUCUAUUCUGAUCCGACCUGAAGUAGUUCGGCUACUGUCCCUUUUCCCCCAGAUUGUUCUAUAUUAGUACUGCAUAACGCAAUCAUCUAAGAGUUGCUGCGCCAGCGUUGUCUGUAUUACCUGUCUAGUGCUUCCCGGCGGAGUAAUAAUUUCACUCCGUGCAAAAAUAACAAAAGAAAAGAAAAACCAAUAACCAGGUGGAUGGGAUGCAGCAAUUCGCGGCGGAACUGAGGGUUUCAAGGCACUGAUUCAUAUAAUAGCUUGCUUCCCAUCAUGUGGCCUCUGUAUUAUCGUCUUCUCUUUUUUCCCUUUUCUCUCUUCUUUCCUUACCCCCGUACUUUGAAAUUCAUCGUCUCGUCUUCUCUUUUUCUAGCUUGAAAGACCAUUUCACAAAUAAUCGAUGCGAAAACAAGGAUCAUGGCCCUGGAGAAAGGCAACCUAGAUUGCAAAAGGGUCAGUGCAUAGGCGUUUUCAGCCCGCGCUCUCUGUCUUUGUGCCUGGGUGCUGUUGGCUUGCUUUGUGCUGUGUAUCUCGCGUCGUUGGUCACUGUCUGGUCGUAUCCCUGUGCUAUGUGUCCUGUGAAUGUUGGCUAGCUGCUGGUAAAGGCGAUGUAUCUCAUCCCAAUCCCAGCACACUGGGUUGCGAUUUGACUAGCUGCUCCGAUGAACUAGUUACGACCAUGACCGCGGCUCCCGGUUCACUGUUCGACUUGCUGGAAGCGGAUAGUCGACUUGUGUUCGCUUCCCCUCGAGCUAGUACUACUCUUUAUUAGCAUAUUUACACCAAAUCGGGGCACUUAACUCCCGUCUCCACGCUCUCUCUCCUGUUUCGCAAGCAGGCUGCCGUAGGUAUUCCGUCUUCGUCAGGUCCUCUGCAGUAUGUUGCUCUUCCAGUUCGUUUGUAUAUCAAAACUAUGGCGCGUUGGAAAAGGGAGCUCGUUCUGGGCUUGGUGGGCAGAUAAUAUAUCAUGUGUUUAAUUGGGACGGGACGCUGUCGGGAGCUAGCUGCUUACAUCAGCAAGAGAGUAACAACAUCCCGACCUCAGGAAUCUCCGGCUGUAAGGAGUACAUCAGCUUGCUCUCGAUACUGGCUGCUGGGGUUGAAUGUACCGAGUCCUUGUGCGUUACUGUACACCCCGAAGCAGGAAUGAUACCCCUCUAGCUGUUUGUUUUCAAUACUUUGAUCGCACACUCAAGGCAGUUGAUCUUUCAAUAAAUAGUGGCCUACGACCUAUUGAAGAACGUGAAGGCAUAUUUCCAGUCACAAGUCUUCGUGCAGGUAAAGCAUCGGGGCUAGACCAAGGCCUGUACGCUUCCGCCUCUUGCUCGGCUUUGCUGUACGUCUCAACUUGCACGAGCCUGGUCGCCCACUAAGCGCGGUGAUCGGACAAGGAGAGAUAUCAUUACGCUAAUUUACUUGCUUCAGUGGCGGAGGCAGAUGACAUGCUUCAGCCUCGAACGGCCUCCCGCGUAAUGCCAGGCCGCUCAGCUCUCUCCCAUGAGUCGAUAAACCUUCGGGUUCGGCCUCAUGAGCCAGCCACGAACUCCAAAUUUGCUUCUCGUAACAGAUAAAUUGAAGAACUGCUGUGCCACAGAUCUUAUUUCCAUGAACAACUGACUAGAGGCGGGAGGGGGAGAGAAAAAUAAAGGGAGUCUUCUCUUUUUUUUGUUCGUAAAACGUUUUGCUCCCAAAUCUAAAUCAGAUCAUUAAGGCUUAUAGCCUCUUACGUUUCCUCUUGCCGCCCUUCAACGACGAGUGACCCUUUGUAGCGGUACGCGUCCGCCAUGGGAAAAAGGAUGAAGCCGCUCAAGUUAUUCUAAACGCCUCUUUCCGUCUGCUUGAGGAGAAAUGUGCUCAUGUGCAUACCCAACCUUUCUCGUACGACCCAAGUCAGAAUGAAGGAGAUGUCAAAUAGCUAGGCAAAGCUCAAAUUUGCUGCACAAAUGCACGAUCAGGCAUGGAGGGGUGUCGGUGUCCUUGAUAUCCAUCUCUCAAUAUCUGUUCUGACCAAUAUGCUGACCACCCCCCGUUACCUAAGUUGCCCUUGAUUCGUGCCAUGUUUGGAUUUUUUUUCCUCAAAUAGCAGUCUAUUUCACCUCUUUUGCUGAUUUUUUACGUUUCUCUCACCCAGGCUGUGUUAUCUUCGUAUAUAUUGUACAACAAUAUAUGCUCUCUCCCCAAAUCUUUUUCCUAUUCCCGCCAAUAGAAAAAUAGUUUUGAAAU